AUGCUAAGAAAUAUUUUGGUGAGAAGCGCUGGCAGCCAUUUAAAAUUUGGUGGUAGAUGUAUGAAGUCACCAGCUCUUUUAGGAUGCUAUAGAAGAGUCAACUAUUAUUCCACCAAGAUACAAACAAGACUGACUAGUGAGAACUACCCAGAUGUACACAGAGACCCUAGAUUCAAAAAAUUGACAUCUGACGAUUUACAUUAUUUUAAAUCUAUUUUAUCGGAACAAGAAAUAUUACAAGCCAACGAAUUAGAAGAUCUCUCAUUCUAUAAUGAAGAUUGGAUGAGAAAGUACAAAGGACAGUCAAAGCUAGUAUUAAGACCUAAGUCUGUGGAAAAAGUUUCUUUGAUUUUAAAUUAUUGUAACGAUGAAAAAAUUGCCGUUGUCCCUCAAGGCGGUAACACUGGGUUGGUAGGUGGUUCCGUGCCUAUUUUCGAUGAACUAAUUCUGUCAUUAGCCAAUUUAAACAAAAUAAGAAAUUUUGACCCUGUGUCAGGGAUCUUGAAGUGCGAUGCUGGUGUAAUCUUGGAAAAUGCUAACAAUUACGUAAUGGAACAAAAUUAUAUGUUCCCAUUGGAUCUGGGAGCUAAAGGCUCCUGCCAUGUUGGUGGUGUGGUUGCAACCAACGCUGGAGGACUACGAUUAUUACGUUACGGUUCACUACAUGGAAGCGUGCUAGGCUUGGAAGUGGUGAUGCCCAAUGGUCAAAUUGUCAAUAGCAUGCAUUCCAUGAGAAAAGACAACACCGGCUAUGAUCUGAAACAGCUGUUCAUUGGCUCAGAAGGUACUAUUGGUAUCAUCACUGGUGUUUCAGUCUUAACUGUUCCUAAACCAAAGGCGUUUAAUGUAUCUUACUUGUCUGUUGAAAGUUUUGAAGACGUUCAAAAAGUUUUCGUCAGAGCCAGACAAGAAUUAUCUGAGAUUUUAUCCGCUUUUGAAUUUAUGGAUGCUAAAUCUCAAAUAUUGGCAAAAAGCCAAUUGAAAGAUGCCACUUUUCCCUUGGAAGAUGAGCAUCCAUUUUAUAUUCUUAUUGAGACGUCAGGGUCAAACAAAGAUCACGAUGAUUCCAAACUUGAAACAUUUUUAGAAAACGUCAUGGAAGAAGGCAUAGUAACGGACGGUGUAGUGGCACAGGAUGAAACCGAAUUGCAAAAUUUGUGGAAGUGGAGAGAAAUGAUCCCAGAGGCAAGUCAAGCCAACGGCGGUGUUUACAAAUACGAUGUUUCUUUACCAUUAAAGGACCUAUAUUCUCUAGUUGAAGCCACUAAUGUAAAACUUUCUGAAGCUGAGUUAGUUGGUGAUUCGCCCAAACCCGUAGUGGGUGCCAUUGGAUACGGCCAUGUGGGUGAUGGUAAUCUGCACUUAAAUGUUGCCGUUAGAGAGUACAACAAAAGCAUUGAAAAAACUCUAGAGCCAUUUGUCUAUGAAUUUGUUUCCUCAAAACAUGGUUCCGUUAGUGCCGAACAUGGCCUGGGUUUCCAAAAGAAAAAUUACAUUGGCUAUUCUAAGAGUCCCGAAGAAAUUAAAAUGAUAAAGGAUUUAAAGGCUCAUUACGAUCCUAAUGCUAUUCUAAACCCUUAUAAGUACAUUUGA